GGUGUCCAUUCGGUGAGCCGGCUUGGCAGGGGACGGUUCAUGGAAGCAUCACAGACAGCGCUUCCGCGUUCGCUGAGAGGGUCGUGCGCGGUCUGAAGUGGCUCGAUAAGGACGGUAGCGUCGGAUAGCUGCGUCCACUUGGAGGAGACGGUGUCUUUCUAGCUUACUCAGUGCACACAGCAUGGCGAUUCCCACGGGCACGGCUGCCUACAAGAAAAAGGAUGGCAUCCUCACCCUCACCCCGGAUCAGAAGAGCGUCAUCUGGACUCCCAACUCAGCGCCCGGGGGGCCGCCGGCGGUAUCGCUGGCCAUCUUAAAUGUCACCAACCUUCAGCAAACCCCGGAUACGGCUGCGAAGGUCAUGCUGAAGAUAUUUGAGAAGGCACCGGGGACUUCUGAGCCGGCUCCCUAUCUGUUUCAUUUCAACUCUGCCUCGGAUCCCCGAGGAGAAGCCAACGUCAUCAGGGACCUUCUAUCGAGGCUUCUCGCCGAGGCCAAGAGCAAUGAUCCCAGCGUCCCCCGACCAGCCGCCGCGCCUGCCGGCGGCAGCGGCUCAGGCUCCAUGGCAUUCGCCAGCACUGCCGUAUCGAAGUUGGGAGUUUCGCGUCCAUUCGACGACGAUGCGCUCAAGAGCGAUAUUUCGUUGCAGCAGUCCCUAAUGAAGGCCGACAGGAACCUAUCGCAAAUGUACAUGGAAGGCCGCAAGACGAAGCCAGAGUCCAUGUCGGACGCCACUUUUAACACCCAAUUCUGGUCGGCGAGAAUCAAUCUUCUCCGGGCCCACGCCAUCGAGAAUAACCAGAAAAAGGGUCCCUAUAACGUUCUAGCUCAGGUGAAACCCACCAUGCAGCAGAACGGGGACCCGAACAGACCAAGCGAGCUGAAGAUAAAAUUCAGCGUCGAGCAGAUUCAGAUGAUCCUGAACCAGCAUCCCCUCGUUAAGCGCAUAUAUAACGAGAACGUGCCCCCCCUCAGCACGAAUGAAUUCUGGGAGAGGUUCUUCCUCAGUAAGCUGUCGAAGAAGCUCAGGGGAGAACGCGCCAACGGGCAGGAAGUGGCCGACAAGAUAUUCGACAAAUAUGACGAAUACGAAGACAUCGCUGCCUUCCCUGGCCGACUCCUCCCGGAGCAUGUGCCGCAUAUUAUCGAUAUAGAGGGUAACGAAGAGAAUCAGGGAGGCUUCAGGAGCGGCAACCGCAAGGAUAUCGAGAUGCGGCCGAGAGGGAGGAAGGACGUUCCUAUCAUCCAGGCUUUAAAUAGCAUUAGCGAAAAGCUGCUCGCGAGCACCGUACCGGCCGAUAACGACGCAACGCAAUUGGCAGAUCUCGCCACCUAUCGGGAGCUUGCAUUGCGCGAUCUCCGGGGCGACACCGAGGAAACGCACAUCAUUCUCAACAUCAAGGAGCAGAGCAAGUUUUUUUCCAACGAAACCACCACUGCCUCCAACACUUCGGCUGUCUAUGCGAGGCAGAAGCCGGCCAAGGUGAUCAGGGAUGUGCAGGGGGAUCUCCGGAGUGUUAAGAGGAACAGCGGUGGCGGGAUCGAUCUCCACGCUUCGCUAGGCAUUGAUGACAACAGUGACAGCGAAGAUGAGGGAGAGAAGCCACCUCACGUCGGGUCCAGGGCAUCACGGAAAGACGCGCAGAGACGCAUACUGGACGGCAUAGCCCAGAGACGGGCCCAGCUAUACGGUCAAGGCUCGGAUGAGACCUCGCCGCUGGGGUUACCGGCGGACAUCACAACGACUUGCAAUCUCACCCACGCCACGACCAUGGAGUUUAUACACCAAUUUUGGUCGACAUUCCUUUCCGGCGACCCCGACCGCGCUGCCGAGCUCGGGUACCUCGCCGAGGCCCUGAAAAGAUCAAAAGAAAGGAUAGAUGCCGUCGCCGCCGAGGCUGAGAAGGCACGAGAAGAGCAAAUUAAGAAGAGAAAAGAAGAAAUUCUGCAGAUCUACGAGCGGACGAAACGGAAGAUCAAGUUCAACUCUAAAUCGAUCCGUGGGGGGAGGGAGGCGGUGCUCAAGCUUAUGGAACCCGUCAUUCGCGCUCUGGACAAGGCGAUAGCCGAUUACCAGAGAGCGCUGGCUGCCGAGGGAAUCCAGGCCAGCACCGAGAGGUAGAUAUGCCAUGUUAGAGGUGGAUGUGUUAGAUGGGGUGGAGAGUAGAAGAGAAGGGAGUACCUCAUAGACACUCGGCUUCGUAAUAAAAUAAUACAGUUAUACCACAUACAGACGACACAGAUCGUGUACUCGACGGUGAACGGCAUCAGCUCUACCUUAAGGGUAGAAUUUCCGCUAAAAUUCGACGAGUUUAGAGGUAGGUAGCUAAGCGAUUUACGGAGAGAAGAGCGAUUUAGUCGGGUUGGCAGUGGGAUCGGAAGGGAGUAAAAGGAGAGCCAUACUG